AUGGUUUCCCACGAAUGGGAGGAGCACAAGUCAACCAUUGUGUACCUGUUCUGCAUUGAGAAGCGCCGGCUUGAUAAGAUAUCGAUCCAUAUGAAAGAAAGAUACAACUUCGACAAAAAGAAGAGUCAGUAUGAGUACCAGCUCAAGAAGUGGGGGGUCAAAAAGAACGUGCCCAAGGAAGUUUGGCAAUACAUCGACCACCAGAUCCAGAAACGAGGAGCGAGAAAGACAGAGGUCAGGCUCUUUGACCGCCCAACACCAAUAAGCGAGAUCGCCAGGGACUUGAAAAGACACAGAAAGUUUCCUACCGCUCUCGAGUUUGGGAAAAGCAUUGCCAGCCCAAAGACGCCCGAUGGCGGUAUUGUUCGUGUUGCGAGCCCUGUCAUCCUACACUCUCGCAGUGUAUGGCCGAAGACCCUUCCGUGGUUCCAGUUCAGGGAGAAAGUCACUCUGACUGUUCGCCAACCAAGCGUCCUGAUCGAGUCUGUACUCAAAGCCGAGGGCUUCUCUGACGCCCUAGUAUGGACAUCCGCAACCCAACUUCCCACUUCCGAGAUCGCUGCCACGAAUCCACUUUCUCCCUACGCGAGCAUCAGCAGGCUGGCCAACUCAGUUCCAGAGCUGCACGAGGGGGAACACCGGGAGGCACAAGAACUCUUAUAUAAGGGAGAUGCACAGACAAUCACUACUGAGUUGCUUAAGGCCGUUUUAUUCCGUCUAUCGAACAACCUGGACGGCCAGCUAAGGGACCAGGAUGACCAACGCGAGCAUGACCAGUUCAUUCUCCACUUGAUUGAAGAAGUAUCGAAGAGUGAUCUUGACCUAUUGCUUGGUCUUCUUUCGACCGACUUCCCAACCACUAAUGCCAUCAAGGAGGCUAUAUACGGCUGCGCGAUCCGCGAAAGGAGACAUACGGUUGUCUCGCAACUUCUUGAAGCUGGCGUCAAUCCAGACCUGCAGGUGUUCAGCCUAGAUUGCCAAGCGCUUUGCGUUGAACUGGCGCGAGGACAGUUCCGCAUUUGUACCGCCAAUCAAACACUGCAGGAGUGGAUGGCAAGUGGUCUGCAAAUUGCUGCUGCAACUUGCGACAUAGAACUCGGUAGGCGCUUGCUGAGUGCAGGAGCAAGUGCUGAUGCCGAUGUAUCGUCUCUAGCGCUUCUGCUGCGGCCAGAAAGACGUCUGGAAGAUACCUGGGAAUUUGCACACUUGCUUCUGGAUAAUGGCGCUAAAGCGAACUUCCCACCUUCGGACAGCUCGCCUUCGCCCCUUGCAAUUGCUAUUGCGAGGAAACAGAACGUUCUUGCGGAGCUUUUAAUCAAGAACGGAGCCAAUCCAAACAGUGAGACUCCCGAAAACAGCUGGGAGUACCAUUGCUGCGGAAUGCAUUUCUCACACAACUGGUUUCGUUCUCUGGCUAAUAGAAUGUGGGCGGGGGAGAUGACACUGCUGCAGGUCGCUAUCAUGGCAGACAAUACGGAGGUGGCCAAUAAGCUGCUCCUGCCAGUUCUCGCACAAGACAUUGCGCUUCCUUCGCGAUACCAUAAAGACGUCCUAUUGACGGCGUGUUUAGCUGGUGACCUAUCGACGGCGGCAAAGGUGCUUAACCCGCAAGUCAACCUGAAUUCAGGAUGGCGAUAUGGCCUAACACCUCUCGUUGCCGCGGCCUGGAACCCGGAUAUACGAAUCGCCAGCAUGCUGCUCCAAAGUGGUGCUCAUAUCAACCCUGUGCCAGGAUCAUUCCGCACACCCUCGGCCUUGCAUGUCGCUGCCUUUCACGGGAACGUGGAGUUGGUCGGCUUGCUCAUCGACCAGGGCGCGAACUGUAAUCUACCUUAUCGACUGUUUCAAGAAAAUCGACUUAAGAGGCCAAGCUCCACGUCUACGCCACUUCAGCUCGCUCUUGAAAGCGGCAAUCGCACCACUGUGUCUCUUAUACUCCCUCACGCAAAUCUGCUUGGGGGUGAACUGGGCCAAGCGAUAAAGCUAGCGGAUGAGGGCCUCAUCUCGGACAUAAUUACCAAGGGGGCAAGCAUUGUGUCUGCGGAUGUGCUCGAGGCAGCUGCGGAGGAGGAAGACUUGUCCACCAUCGUCCAGUACUUCCGCUGUGGAGGGAAAUAUACGUCUCCAGCGCUUUUCGCGGCGGUCGAAAAUGCAGCCCUCUCGGGAAACCACUCAAUCGUCCAGCUAUUGGUGAACCAUCGUCCUGAAGGAGUCAUCGACCGAUAUGAAGCGUCAGCGUUGGUUCUUUCCAUAUUGGAGAGUAAGUGGCUCCUUCCAGACUUGCUGUUGGGCGGUCCUUUUCUACCGGGGCCGCAAAUGUCGGCCUACCAAGCGUUCACUCGAGGGCGAUUCUGUUCGACUUUGGAGUAUAAACCAGACGAUAGUGACCCAGGGGUAUCACCCUUCUUAGCAGCACUUGCCAGCAAAAACAUUUCGGUCCUGGAGAAAAUGCUUCACCACGGGUACUACCCACAAGAAUCUGACCUAGUGCGCUUGCAGAUCUGGUAUGAACUUAAGAAUGCAGCGCUGGAAAUGAUUCUAUCCGUGUCCCGGUCUCUUCUUUCCAUUCCAACCCUGGAUCUAGGGUGUCGGCAGGGUCUGUUUUCUGUUGCGGUUGAAAAUGGCGACAUGCAACUCGUACAACAAUGCAGGGGCUUCGUUGAGUCUGUUGAUUUCUAUUUCACCGAUGCACUUGAUGGCGAAACGCCUUUACAAGCAGCAGCUAAAAUGGGCCAUCUCCCGCUGUUUCAAUUUCUCGUGGAUGCUGGCGCCGCUGUCAACGCACCAGCAGGCCUUUGCUACGGGGCAACAGCGUUGCAGCGGGCUGUGAUUAACGGCAACUUCGACAUGGUUAUGUUUCUCCUUGACAGGGAUGCCAAUAUAGAUGCACUACCGGCCGAACUGGGUGGUCGCACAGCCCUCGAAGCAGCCGCGGAGCAUGGUCGGCUCGACAUGAUCCAGCUAUUCCUAGAGAGGCACGCCGACAUACAUGGCGCGAUGAGAAUAUGCUACGUACGCUCGGUGGCGCUUGCCAGAAAAAAUGGUCACUAUGCGCUGGCGGAACAUCUAAUAAAACAGAGAUCCUGGACGGAGGAGGAAGAAUCUCUCUUACUCUAUGGCACACAAGGGCUCUUGGAUGAUGAAACUCAUGUUGUGUAUGACCAAGCUGAAGGAGACUGGAAUUUUCGGAAGGUGCGAGAUGUGCGAUUAUCAGAUGGCACCCACCAAGUGGUAUAUGACGAUGAGGAUGCGUCCGAUUCCGAAGACGCGAACGACUCUGAAGGUGAAGGUGAAGGUGAAGGCGAAGGGGAAUGGGAACAAGGUUCAGAGCCCGAAUCGAGCAUUCUACGUGGCAUGGAUGAACUUCCUGGUCAUCUGCGAAACCAAGUGGACUGUGCCGAGGUCAUGAUAGGGGACUAUAUAGAUAGUAGCUUGUGGUACGAGGAGGCAGAGGAGCGUGUAGAGGUCCCCCCACCGAUAUCGACGGCUGAGAGAGUUAUCGUGGAAGUUGAUGAGGACGCGGAUUUGGUAGGCACACACGAGCAGGGGACGCCAGGGAGUUUGAUGAUGAUGCCUGAGUUUGAGACUUGGCCGAGACUCCCCGAGUUCAGCGGGUUCCCGGAUUGA